GGGAGAAGUAGUGAAUAGGAGCAUCACAAUUUCAAAUGGAGUUGGCUAACUUAGCAAAGUGCUUAUUGUUGGGUCUUAUAAUCCUGGGGACUCAAAUCCAUGGAAACAAAGGUUGCUUUGAAGCAGAGAGAUUGGCACUCUUAAAUUUUAAGAAAUUUGUUGUAUCAGAUGGAGCUGAUGCUGAUCAUCUUCUUUCUUCUUGGGUUGAUGAUUCAAUGAGUGAUUGUUGUAAAUGGGAGCGUGUCACGUGUAAUUCUACUACAAGUCACAUGAUUGAGCUCUUCCUCAACAAUACACGACAACAUGACAUAGAUAGCGAAUCACUUUUUGACGGUGAAAAUAUUUGGUUUAUAAAGUUGUCAAUGUUCCAGCAGUUGAAAGAGCUCAGAAAUCUUAAUUUAUCCUACAAUGAAAUUGGUGGUUUUAUUGAUUAUGAUGAAGGUUUUGAAAGAUUAUCAGAAUUAAAGAAGCUAGAAACCUUGGACCUUAGUUACAAUUGGUUCAAUAAUAGCAUCUUAUCAUCAUUGGGUGCUCUUACAUCACUUAAGUCUUUGAUUCUUAGUUGGAAUAACAUGAGAGGUUCCUUCCCUAGCAAAGAAUUAAAUAGUCUGAAGAAUUUGAAAAUACUGGAUAUAAGUGUCAAUGGAUUCAAUGGCUCCCUCUCACUUGAAGGUUUUGAAAGAUUAGAGGAUUUGGACAUCAGUUACAAUCAGUUCGAUAAAAGUAUAUUAUCAUCAUUGGGUGCUCUUACAUUACUUAGGACUUUGAAAAUUGGAUGGAAUGACAUGGAAGGUUCCUUCCCUGUCCAAGAAUUAAAUAAUCUGAAAAAUUUGGAAAUACUGGAUAUAAGUUACAAUGGAUUCAACGGUUCCCUCUCACUUGAAGGUAACUUCAUAUCCCAUCUCAUUUGUUAUUUUUAUUGGUAGAUAUAAAAUAACCCAAUUUAUCUUUUAGAGCUGCCAUGUGUCCCCUUCUAAAAAAUGCUUGACUUAGUGACGAAUUCAAAAAAUUUUCAAAGUGAGUUAAAAUAAUAUUGAAAUUAUAAAAUAUUAACAAUAAAUAAAAUCGAUUAAAAAUUUAACUAUGCAAUACUUUAUGUAAUUAAUAAAGAAAAUAUAUAUAAUUGACCUCUAUGAAUUUAAUCUUUUGAAUACGUAUAAUUAUUAACAUUUAAAUAUAUUUUCUUUAUAAAAAUAAAAAAUUUCAGCAGUAUGGUUUGUAAAUCACUCUUUAACUAAUAACUGCAUAGAGGUAAAUUAAAAAAAAAUAUAUUAAAACUCUUAA